UGACUCAGAAGAAGCCGCCAACGCCCUCUAGUCAUUGCAAUGGGCGUGUCGAGACCGAGAUGCCACGCCUGCGACCUGACUGACAGGUCCUGUAGAAUGACGGUCAAGACGGUUGUAGGUACAUAUUGCUGCAGGUCCGGACUGAGACAAAAAACAAAACAAAAAAAAAACCACUUGAGCGGCGCCAAUAAAUGUGCAUAAUGGCGCAAGCCAUGGUGCGAAUUCCCCUCGCAAAUGGGAGCGAGAGACUGCGAAAGUCCCGUGCCGAUCCUGGUGCUGGUGCUGGUGCCGCCAUGGUGCCGUGGGUGCUUGGAUUUCCCCCACUUGCUGGAGGGGUCCAUGAAAAAUGUCAUCUCAUGCAGGGCACGCCGUUGUUUCCGUCCCACAAGGCGAUAUUGUUUUGAACGUUGGGUGUUGACCUUUUUUCUUGAAAUUUUUUUGUCAUUCUUUUCCUCUCAGGUUAUCUUCCCUGCGAACCUUCUGUUUCGGGAUGUCGAUCUCGUGAGAAAUACUGCGAGGAGCGGAAGCCGUGGACAGAGGUACUUGGUAGCGUUGGAAUACCUAGCACUGGGCGAGGGAGUAGAAUUUAGAAAUCGACAAGCCUGGAUGCCAGGUCAGAAAUGGCAAGGGCAGCGUGUGCUAGUGCAGCCGAAUCAAGGGUUCAGUCCAGAAAAGGCUCGUCGAGCGUCGGGAAUCCUUCAAAAUGAGGAUUAGGGCGGGGUAGGAGGGACAGAGCCGCGACUGCAUGCAGCGGCGUUGGGCGGCGGCCACGGACGAAGAGACGGUGUGACGAAGGGUAUUUCGUCCUCUGUCUCCGUAGUCUGCACUCUGUACUCCGUAGUGUAGGUACUCUGUCGGCUGUGUGGUUCUGGAAGAUCGGAGUACGGAUAGAUGAAGAUCAUGGAUCAUGAUUGAUG